AGGGGGCGUCCGUACACCUUUGCAGCUUCUACACUGCCGUAGAAGAAGCUGCUUGUACCUCCUUGGUUGUGGUGAGGAAGUGAAAUGUAAAUUCGGUUUUAGGCUGAUACCGUUAAUUUUAAUGUCUGCACAUUAAUCAACACUGUCCCUCAACAUGUCCUCUAGAAACCCAGGGACCAAGUUCGAUCUGCACUGGAUAUCCAGCGUGAAAGUGAACACACAGGCUGUCCUGAAGAGAGCGCAGCAGAUCCAGGGACGGAAGAUCCCCAAGAAACAAUGGCAGGCUGCCUGGCUACUGAAGGCUGUAACAUGUAUUGACCUUACAACCUUGGCUGGAGAUGAUACAUCAUCCAACGUCCAUCGGCUUUGUCUGAAAGCCAUCCAGCCAAUCCAGCAUGACCUUCUCGAGAAGAUGGAUAUGCAUAACAAAGGACUGACUACAGCAGCAGUGUGUGUGUAUCCGUCCCGUGUAGCUGAUGCCAUAAUAUCAUUAAAAGCAGCCAAUUCCAACCUUCCUGUUGCCUCAGUGGCCACUGGUUUCCCAGCAGGGCAGACUCCACUAGAGACACGUCUGCAGGAAGUCCGUAUGGCAUUGGCUGACGGUGCCACUGAGAUUGACAUCGUCAUCAACAGGAUGCUCGCCCUCACAGGACAGUGGGAAGCCAUGUAUGAUGAGAUCCGUCAGUUUCGUGAGGCUUGUGGUGAUGCCCACAUGAAGACCAUCCUGGCAGUUGGGGAGCUGGGCACCCUCACUAAUGUCUACAAGGCUAGUAUGAUCGCCAUGAUGGCUGGUUCAGACUUCAUCAAGACAUCCACAGGAAAAGAGGCUGUCAACGCUACUUACCCAGUUGCCAUAGUGAUGGCACGAGCCAUUCGUAACUACUUCUUGUGUACAGGCCACAAGGUGGGCUUUAAGCCAGCAGGGGGUAUCCGGACAGCUCAGGAGUCUCUGGUGUGGCUCAUGUUGAUCAAAGAGGAGUUGGGCAAGGACUGGCUUUGUCCUCAACUGUUUCGCCUGGGAGCCAGCAGCCUGUUGGCUGACAUUGAGAGGCAGAUCUACCACCAUGUGACUGGACAGUAUGCAGACUAUGAUGAACUGCCUAUGGCCUGAAGCUGUGGACAUUUAAGUUUUAAUGAACAAUAAAACCCUCAGACUCUCCACACAAGCCUGACAGUAAACAUCCAGAGAAUGCAGUGAUUUGUCCAUUUGGUUAGCCACAUUCACAUUCAGUGCUUUGAUUAUAUGGAACAAUAAAAGUUUUCUGUGUCCCA